AUGGAUCAGAUCCCCAGCAUAUUAUAUGCCGAUGAGGACUACACUACAUGGCUGAUCCUUGGUGCUAGCAGAGGCAUCGGGCUGGAGUUUGUGCGGCAGCUAUUGAACAAAAAUGAGCGCAUCAUUGCGACUGUGCGGGAACCGUUUGCUGCACAUGCUUCAGCCUUGUGGGGUCAGGCUGGCGGGGAUCAUGGCCGCUGUCGAAUGGAGAUCUGUGACAUCUUGUCUGAGGAGAGCAUCGUUAGAUUCGUUUCAACGCUCACCACCAUACCAAACCUGAAGAUCGACUAUGUAGUCUUAAAUGCCGGAGUGCUGAGGUAUCCGAAUAGAGCUACUGAGCUCUCCUUCGAUGAAUUUGCAUUUCACCUGCACACCAACACAAUCGGCCCCAUCAUAACCGCCCAGAAGCUUCUUCAAACCAACAUUCCCAUCGGCACUAUAGUCUUCAUGUCAUCCGACUCCGGUUCCAUGGCACAUUUCCGCGAGAUGGAAGACGGCUUCGCGGCCUACGCCGCCUCGAAAGCUGCUCUGAACAUGGCGGUGCGUCACAUGGCUGCCGAGCUGAGGAGAAAGGACGAUGACACCAUCCUACUCUGUAUGCACCCAGGAGAAGUGGCGACGGAUAUGGCAAAUGUGCAGUUGCCGUGGGAGGUACAGGGGAUUAUCUCCCCGGAGGAAAGCGUGGGGAAGAUGAUCCAGGUCAUUAAGAGCAAGGGGAUCCAGCAUAGUGGGACCUUCUGGACAUGGGAGAACAAACCGUAUGUGUGGUGA